CAACAUUAAUACCACAUUUUCACUCGACACUCAAUACACGCAUCCGCUGAUUGUCAACAAUGGUGCUGUGGAGCUGGUACUUGUACAUGCUUGAGCGUCGCCCGAUUGUCAUGAGCGCCAUCUCCACCGGGACGCUGAUGGCGACGGGUGACUUGAUUGCCCAGCAGGCCAUCGACCGCAAGGGCAGGGAUCACGACCUCGUUCGCACAGCCCGCAUGGCUGCCAUCGGCUUUUGCUUUGUGGGUCCAGUCAUGCGACUGUGGUACACUGGGCUCGAGAAGAUUGUCCCAGCGAGCAAGUUGUCGACGCGAACGGCUGCACUGACCAAGAUGGCGAUCGACCAGACAGUGUUUGCGCCGUUCAUCAUCUCGUCCUUUUACGUCAACCUCGGGCUCUUGCAUAACGACUCAAUGGCGCAGAUCGAGACGCGGCUACGCUCAGAGCUCAAGGACACGCUCAUUGCCAACUGGAAGGUCUGGCCCGCCACCCAAUUGCUCAAUUUCUACUUUGUCCCCAUGCAGCAUCGCGUGCUGGUGGUCAACGCCGUCUCGCUGGGGUGGAAUAGCUAUCUCGGCUGGCGCGCGCACCGCAAAGACCCUUCCAUCGAGGAGGUCGUUGCCGCCAGUCCGGCUCCAACCAAGUGAACCACAAGGCGAUUCGUCAAGCAGGGCGUUUGCAACAUGGUUUUGCCUUGAUUGUUAUCCGUUGAUUCUUUUCGUUUGCCUCUUGUCUGCCUUUUCGUUCGAGCCUGAAUAAGUUACUCGCGUUUUUGCAACCGA